CGGAAGGUUUGGGGAACGGCACCGCUGAGGCGGGAGCCCGCAGGGGCGGGGGGGCCGGGCGCAGCCGUCGGGGGGGUCCCGACCCAAGCGCGAGCCCGGCCACCGCCUCCGGGGCCCGCGGAGAGCCCCGGGCCUCCGCCGCCAUUGCGCCAAAGAGUGAGGAGGAUCUGCUGGCCCUGGCCGCGUCGCGGCUGAGCCGCCGCAAGCGGGUGGCGGGCGCGGCCGUCGGGGUGGCCAUGGUGCUGCUGCUGCUGGUGGCCAUUCCGCUGCUGGUGCACAGCUCCCGCGGGCCGGCGCACUAUGAGAUGCUGGGUCGCUGCCGCAUGGUGUGCGACCCACACGGGCCUCGAGGCCCUGGACCCGACGGCGCGCCCUCCUCCGUGCCCCCCUUCCCUCCCGGCGCCAAGGGAGAGGUGGGCAGGCGCGGGAAGGCAGGUCUGCGAGGGCCACCGGGACCCCCAGGUCCCAGAGGGCCUCCAGGAGAGCCGGGCAGGCCAGGUCCACCAGGUCCUCCCGGCCCAGGCCCUGGCGGGGUGGCGCCCCCUGCCGGCUACGUGCCUCGCAUUGCCUUCUACGCGGGUCUGCGGCGGCCACACGAAGGUUAUGAGGUGCUGCGCUUCGACGACGUGGUGACCAACGUGGGAAACGCUUACGAGGCGGCCAGCGGCAAGUUCACCUGCCCCAUGCCAGGUGUCUACUUCUUCGCUUACCAUGUGCUCAUGCGCGGCGGUGACGGCACCAGCAUGUGGGCCGACCUGAUGAAGAAUGGACAGGUCCGGGCCAGCGCCAUUGCUCAGGACGCAGACCAGAACUACGACUACGCCAGCAACAGCGUCAUCCUGCACCUGGAUGUGGGCGAUGAAGUCUUCAUCAAGCUGGACGGCGGGAAGGUGCACGGCGGUAACACCAACAAGUACAGCACCUUCUCUGGCUUCAUCAUCUACCCGGAUUGAGCAGAGCCCCAUCCCCCGCGCCCCCGCUCGCCCUUCGCCUCCGCUCCCCUCCUCACCCACCUUCAGCCGGUCCCACCCAAGGCGCCAUCCUAACCUUCGAGAGCCUGGCGGUGGGGCAGACCCUCCCGCUCCCGGAGGCGGCCGUGCUGGGUGGACUCUUGGCGCUCCGGGGACGCUCCGAGGUCUAAGUGGCCGGGGAGAGGAGGAAGCCGGGCUAAGGAGGAGCAGAGCGGCUCGGGAAGGGACCGCCGGCUUCGGAGUGCGCGCCUGUCAAAGCUGAACCGAGAGGGGCGGAGGUCGGGCCCUCUCUUCUGCUAGGAGCUGGGGAACAGCUUCACCACCCGGAGCUGCAAGCAGAAAGGAAGCCCCGGCAUUUGGUGGUGGUGGUGUGUGUGCGGGGAUGGAGAGCAGAAACAGGAGCCCAUCUAGGUGGGAGGACAGGAAACGUUUGGAGGGGUCAGGCUCGUCCUCUGUCACAACUUUCUCUCCUUCCCUCAUCCCCAUUUUCAGGCUCCAGGCACCGGCCUUGGCAGCCUUCCUGUGAACUGGAGGAAGGAGUGGAUUCUUUCCUAGCAUUUAAAACUCAUUCUGUACAGUCCCCAUUUCACCCCCAUUCCACCUAGGCCCUGGGGCUACAGCUGCUGUUGCCUCUUCCAAUAAAGCAAAGUUGGAGAA